AUGAUUAGCUUGAACCAAAGCUAUAAGAGAAAUUGCCCUCGUCAGGGCGAAUCACAACGUCUACAGAUCCUUCAGUGGAAUGUUGGAGGGAUGUCACAGGACAAAAAGAUCCAAGUACAGAAAAUCCUACAAACCUAUGAUGUAGACAUUUUCACAAUUAUGGAAGCAAACCUUUCGGAUGUCAAACUGAACUAUUACCAAUUCCCAGGUUACACCCUAUGGGGCUAUAAGGAUACAAACAUAGCUGGAAAGGAAAUCGAAGACAUGCUAAACAGCAACCCUCUGGAACUUAUUUAUACCAAUGAGGAUCCUGCUACGUAUCAGCACUACAAUGGAACCAGAACAAUUCCUGACUUCCUCCUGGCUUCAAGCGACAUCAGCGAGCAUACGCACCGAAAAAUAACUGACGAUCCUGGUUCUGGCCUAGAUUCACAAACCUUUUAG